AUGACGAUUUUCAGGUAUAAAUUUGUCAAAAGCUGCUGGGUUUGUUUUGCUACCGAUGAGGAUGAUCGGACAGCAGAGUGGGUGAGACCUUGCAGGUGCAGGGGCUCUACGAAAUGGGUUCAUCAGACUUGUCUACAGCGCUGGGUGGAUGAAAAGCAAAGAGGAAACAGUACUGCUAGAGUUGCUUGUCCUCAGUGCAAUGCAGAAUAUUUAAUAGUAUUUCCAAAGUUAGGUCCAGUUGUUUACGUUUUGGAUCUUGCAGAUCGACUGAUCUCAAAGGCAUGUCCAUUUGCUGCAGCUGGAAUAAUGGUGGGCUCUAUAUACUGGACAGCUGUUACAUAUGGAGCUGUGACAGUGAUGCAGGUUGUGGGUCACAAAGAAGGUCUUGACGUCAUGGAGAGAGCUGAUCCUUUAUUUCUUUUGAUUGGACUUCCCACUAUCCCAGUCAUGCUAAUACUGGGCAAGAUGAUUCGUUGGGAGGACUAUGUGCUCAGACUGUGGCGCAAAUACUCUAAUAAGCUACAAAUUUUGAACAGCAUAUUUCCAGGCAUUGGAUGUCCCGUUCCUCGUAUCCCAGCAGAGGCCAACCCUUUGGCAGAUCAUGUCUCUGCUACACGUAUUCUAUGUGGAGCUCUAGUUUUCCCUACUAUCGCCACGAUAGUUGGCAAGCUGAUGUUCAGCAGUGUUAACUCAAAUUUGCAAAGGACGAUCUUGGGUGGAAUUGCUUUUGUUGCUAUAAAAGGAGCUUUUAAGGUUUACUUCAAACAGCAGCAAUAUUUGCGCCAAGCUCACCGCAAAAUUUUAAAUUAUCCUGAGCAAGAAGGAGCAUAAAGCUGUGAUCUCCAGAUGUCGCACGGUCUCACCUAACAGGUUUCCAUGUUGUAUUGGUUCCAUUGUUAUUGCACAGUAGUGGAGAAUUGUGAUAAGUUGCUGCUCCUAUUUUUUUUUUUUUUUCUUGAAAUAUAAUAAAGCACUGUCUUGUGGCAGGGUAAAUCCUUUCAGCAACAACUGAACCUAAGAAUGUGACUUGGCUUUCAUUAUUUUAGGGUAUUUCUGUUGGGCAACAGGCUUCUGAAUUAUUUUCUUUGAGCCAAUAUGCUCAACAGAAAAAAAAAAAAGCAUCAACUACAGAAUAAGACCAUUUUAAAUUGUGUAGUUAAUGUAGGCUAUAUUCAAAUGCCCUUUCUAUACAUGUUCUCACACCCAUGCUGUCAUCCAGUUCAGCAUUUCACACAAUGAAGGGAAUUUUUUUUAGAAAGGAAAUGUGCGUCAUUACCAAGGA